AUGUCACAUCACUUUUCACCUAACUCUAGUAUAAUCUCCGGCCCCGGUGGGGAUACUCGAUCUGCGAGUGACGUAUGCGAUGGGACUGAACCAUUCAGCUACGCGAAUGGCGAUUUCCGCCGAGACCAUGUCCGCUUCGCCGCUGAAUUGGGCAGCGUUGUCGAAGAAGCCGUUACAUCAAUUGUAACGAGACACGGAGGUGCUGGUAUUGACAAGAGCCUUGCCUGGGAAGCCAUUCAGAGUCUCGCAAGGUCCAAGCUUGACGAACUCACAGGCGACUUGAUAGCGCAGGGGAGCCAAGGCUUUUACCCUUCAAACAAUUUUGUUUCUGCCGCUGGACUUUCGCUCGUCUCCCCUGAAAAUGCUGGUCCUGUGAACCACGAUGUCCCAUUGAUGACAGACUUGGAUGUGUUCUCGGAUGAACAGCCUCCUGGCUUCGAAAAUGUUCAAGCACUGGAAUUUCCAGACUUCGAAUAUGCAGUUUAUGAGGAUGGGCCCUUUUCACAGAUUCCCAUUCCAAGUCCCUCAUCCGGAACGAUCACUCUGCCGACUAAUAGCCCAUCGUUACAAGAGCCUUGUCCCGAUGAAGUUUCUGUUGAAUCAUCUACGACAGGCAGCACACGCACUAUCACAGCUAGUCCUGCCUCUAGACACCAUGGUGCAGCGUCCAGACAGGUGGGACAAAGACUCGAGAUUCCUCCAGUACGGCACCACGAUUCUUGGCCCCAAAGAAGCUUCAAACCUUCGUCCAAGCGUUCCAUCAGUCAAACUGAUCGGUUGAUGCAAAACAACCUGGCAAAACAGUCUGAUAAGCGACCUAGGCGCGGAAGACCGAAUUUCAAAGGGUCGCGAACUCUACUUCAUAGCUUAUACCAAACACGUAUUCAAUCUUUACUCGACAACGUCGCUGGAUGGUUCCCGAUAGAACCCUGUAAUACAGUAACUAUUAAGAUCUCAAAUGGAUUUAUGCCAACAUUGCAAGUGACACUGAAGCCGUACAUACCUUACAGCCAAGGUGCUCUCACUCAUGUCCUGUUUCGCGGGACUGAAGCUGGAAGGAUUACUCCCCGCGCUGAGAGCACAGCAUUCUCUCUGGAAGACGGCACUCUAAGGCCGGAGAAGAUCGAUGCUUAUUGUGAUCGCCUCGCAUUCGAUUUAGCACUGAAUGAAGGACGGCAGGCAACGGAUAGGAAUAGACUGGCCAGUCAUAUCCUCAUGUUUGCCACGACACAAUGUGCAGGGCCUCAACAAAUGCCUAGUAUAGAAGGGAUCAGCUUGGUACAGCUUGCGCUACGAUUCUGGGCCAUGCAGACUGUAUUUUUCAAGUAUCCCUGGACGAUAGUGAAAGGUGCCUCGGAUAUAGGUAUGUGGCCGCUGAAUAUCCCUGGAUGCUGGUUUGGAAAGACACUACUCCCGCGACUUGUCAACCAACAACUUGACAAGGCCUUCGAGAUCCGUAUGGAUGAACUUGAGCGAGAGAUCCUUGGACGACUUCAAGACGUGAUCCUCCGCCGUGACCGAAGCACGUACUGGUGUGCCAUCUUCUUAACAACUUUCAUACUCUUACAUAGUCUCGAGAAAGACUCAUGGAACAUGCACGCCUGGGAGUACGAGAAGAACCGCGAAGGGGGGACCCGUUGGCCUUUGAGGAGAGAUCCAUGUGAUUACUAUGGCCAGAACAAACAUAUCGCAGAUACAUUGACGACAUAUUUCCGUAUUGUGACGAAUGGGCAUGCGCUGUUUGCCAUGGACUGGACAAAACCUUCAAACCAAGGACUCCUGGGUCAGAGUUUGCAUGCUCGAUCACUGAUUAAGGGUAUACAAAAAGACCUGCAGGAUCCCCAGUCCAGUGAGUAA